AUGAGGCUAUUCUCAACGACAGAGACUGCCCUACUAGCCUCGCUCCUAUUCGCGAGGUCCAAUGCUUCCCCAUGGAUUGGAACAAGAUACGUUGAGAUCGUCGAGAACACCGUCAUCGACGGGUUUACCGCUUCAUAUCUCACAGAGAAACCCGUCGUCGAGACCUCCGUCAUCGCCGUCAACCCAACAGUCACCAACCCCUCGGUAAUCAGCACCUUCACAACAAUCGAGGACUUGAGUUCCGAUGUGACAGCCAUCAACCUCGUCGUCGCGCCGACGGCCGGUGUCGCAAUCACCAGCAACACCUUUUACGAAUACUACGUCAAUGUUGUCUAUACAGCGCCGGCAUCAUGCUCAUACACAACGAGCGCAACGCUCACGACAGCUAUCCCGAUUUUCAUGCCUUACUACGCGGAACAAUUGAUUCAACCUACUGCUAUUGUCACCAGCACGGAGACAUAUGAGUACAUCACCAAUCAGAUCACCUGGACGCAGGCAAUGCUCAAUCCUAGCGACAUCCCGAGCAGCGUCCUCGCUUCCGCUAGUUCAGAGUACAAGCCGUCGCGGUUCACAUCUUGCGUGCACAACUACAACAGCGGCAGUUCUUCCGGCAGUGGCUCUUCCAGCGGUAGCAGCGGCAGUAGUGGCAGUAGCGGGAAUUAUGCUGGCUGCGACGAAUUCACCUGGUACAUCGGUGGUUCAGCCUUCUCAGGUGGCUAUUGCUGCUCCGACGGCUGCUUUUAUACCUGGGGUAUCUCGCCCGCCGGACUAGCCCUCGCCAUAUUCUUCUCUUGGUUCGGCUUCUUCCUCAUCCUGGGCCUAGUCGAAAGUUGGUUUAUGUUCCGACGGGCGAUGCUCGGCCAGAAAGUUCGACGCGGAAUGCCGCGCGCCUUCGCGUUCCUGUGCCCAAUCUUGUCUUGCUUCCUCCUUCUCACGGUGAAGCGGUACGACGCCAAGACGCCGGAUCAGCAAGCUUGGCUUGCGGGACGAUGGAAGUCUAUGUCUGGAGGUGCAAAGGUGGGCCUGUGGUUGAAGAAAUUCUUCAGUCGUCGCGAUCCUGCUGCCGAGGCCUUGGGCUUCACGGGGCCAGUGCCUCCUCCCCAGCCUCAGUAUCCCCAGGGUCCGUAUUAUCCUCCUACGGGCUCUCCUCCUCCAGGUGGCCCCGGUAUGCCGCCCAUGGCUGCCUAUCCUCCACCUGAGCAGGGUUACCCGCCUCGUCAAGAAUAUUCUCCUCCACCAGUGCCUGUCGUACCUCAAACAGAUCGGGCGACGGAGCUUAGUGCCGAGUCUCAUCCUAAGACGGUUUCUGUCAAUGAGGUCGAGAGAAGUCAUGAAUUGCAAUGA